AUGGGCCUCGCGCGAGGCCCCCUUUCGACACUCGCGGCAGCGGCCAUCCACGGGCUGGUGGCGCUCGGUGCCUGGCGGGCUGCGCCCCCGCGGGUCUGCCCGCGGCCGGUGUGCCCGGCGGCCCACUGCCCUCCUGCUUCGGGCGCGGGGCCGCCAGGCGGGGAUCCGCCCGCGGGGCCUGCGGCUCUCUUCUCCGAGUUGCCGGAGGAGUUGGCGGAGGUUCGCGCCGCGGCGGCGCGGCUGGACGAGCGCGUCGCCUUGCUGCAGGCGACGGCUGACGCGGUGAUCAGCUUCUGGCCGUUGAUCUGGGUGCUGGUCGGCGGGCUGCUGAGGGACAGCUUCGAGCGGAUGCUGUCCGCGAGGAGGUACCAGCUCUUCGCCUCGGACGGGAGCGUCGUGGCGGAGCCGGCCUUUAUGAGUGAGGUGCGGCCGGGCCGCCGCUUGGCUUUGUGGUACUCGGGCGACACGUACUGGCACGAACGGUUGGCCCUGGCGUAUGUACGACCAGGGGUAUGGAUCAUCGUGAUCCCUGAUGGCGACAGGUACCCCGAGAACCUGAGGUGCCGUCGGGGUACCAGCGGAGCGGUUCAGGCGGUGUUGGUGGACCCCGGGAAGCCCACCCUCGACCGCAUGCGAGGGCGCUUCUACCGCUUCAGGGAGCCGCUGGAGCCCUCGGAGCUGGUGGAGCAGGUCAAGAUGGCUGAGGCGGAGAGCUACGCCAUCACCCGCAGGGCCCCGGAGGCCCCCGCCUCCAUCAUGCUGUGGGACGGCACGGACGUGAAGUAUGAGCCGUUGAUGGGCUCGGAGGGCUCCGAUUUGGUCCCACUGGCGGACGCCGAUCGGCCUGCACAUGGUGACGGAGCCGCACCUGCCGCGCUGCCCCCGCCCGAGCUGCCGCCGGAUACGACAUGGCUGAUUGUGGAUCCGCAUUACCCCGACUUCGGCAGGGAGCGGCAUCCUGGCCCGGAUGCGCCCCGAGCGGGAGAGCAUGCGAUGGCUCUGGACACACGUAAGAAGCCCGUGCCUGUGAGGCAGGUGGCGCUGGUGGACGUCGACGCGUUCCUGGCUUCAGCUCGGACGGGGGUCGCAAAGAUCCCCGAGGAGGAUGCCCCUCCUGCCGCAGGGCGUCUGGAGGAUCGGCUUCGCGAGGCGCUGGACGGCGGCGCCAAGGCCCCUCCCGCGGUGGAGGACGCGAGGACGCUGACGGUCGUUCACGACGAGCACGGAGAGCGAUACAAGGAGUGGAGGUCCGUAUGCGCAGAGAUCUCCUGCAGCCAUUUUGGCGAUUGGGACAAGCAUCACGAAGGACCUGCCACCGCGCUCUCCUUGUUCAAGAACAUCCAGAGGCGGGGCGGUGACCCGAGAUUGUGGCACGCGAACUGGCGCCGCGAGGCGGGAGUCAGCCCGCAGGAGAGGACAUGGAUUGAGAUGAAGCUUCUGCCAGACAUCCUGUACCUCAGUGGCUGCUACGACCAGUUGAAUGGCCCAUCUCUUGCAUGCAUCGAGUCGGUGUCGCGGCGCGUGUGCCAGAUCAUCGAGGCCUGCUCGACGGGCGUGCCUGGCCGCGCGAACUGUGAGGGCGUGAAGCACUUCACUCCCGUGGCUUCGGCAUCGUCUGUGGCCCCUGCCGAGCUACGCCCCCGCGCGCACCGCCGCGCAAAGGAGGAGAUGGAGAUCGAGAGCAUGCGUGUGCGCACGCGAGGGUUGCAGCCGCCUGGAGGACCUGAGGCGCCGCCGCCUGGUGGGCCCGUGAACCCGAAGGGUACGCCAAAGGGUGGCAAGACAGGAGGCCGUGGUCAGCCUUCUCAGGGAGCUGGCCAGGAGGGCGGCGGGAAG